GAGGCGGCCGGCGUCGUGGUACCGUAGUAUGAAUCCCACGGCGCUGGAAGUGGCUCAAAACCCUGGCGCCCUGUCUCUCUCAGCCCUCCCUAAAUAUCUAUCUGCCCCCCCGCGCCGCUGCUUCUUUUCAACAUUCCCAUUCUCCUCUGUCCCGACUCCAAUCGGCUUUCUUUCUUCCUGCGCCGACUCCCGACUCCUCUCUCCAUCCUUCCCUCUCUCUCUAUCUCUAUACUUGUCUUUAUUCUGCCAGUUCAUACACAUCCUUCACCAUGGCCGACUCAACAGUUAUCUCCAACACUGCUACUCUUGAGAAGUACAUGAGGUUGCCCCAGCGCGGCUCCAUCAUGGCCGAGUACGUCUGGGUUGACGGCUCCAACGGUGUCCGCUCCAAGAGCAAGACUCUCCCCAAGAAGCCCGAGAGCAUCAGCGAGCUGCCCGAAUGGAACUUCGACGGUUCGUCGACGGGCCAAGCCCCUGGCGACAACUCGGACGUGUACCUCCGGCCGGUGGCCAUGUACGACGACCCGUUCCGUCUGGGCGACAACAUCCUCGUCAUGUGCGAGACUUGGAUGUCGGAUGGCACUCCCAACGCGUACAACUUCCGCCACGACGCCGCCGUCGUCAUGGAGGCCUACGAGAAGCACGAGUUCUGGUUCGGCCUGGAGCAGGAGUACACGCUGCUCGACGUCAACGGCUGGCCCUACGGCUGGCCCAAGAACGGCUUCCCCGCCCCCCAGGGCCCCUACUACUGCGGUGUCGGUACCGGCAAGGUCUACUGCCGUGAUAUCGUCGAGGCGCACUACAAGGCCUGCCUGUACGCCGGCAUCCAGAUCUCGGGUACCAACGCCGAGGUCAUGCCCGCCCAGUGGGAGUACCAAGUCGGCCCCUGUGUCGGCAUCAACCUUGGUGACCAGCUCUGGAUGUCCCGCUUCCUGCUCCACCGCGUCGCGGAAGAGUUCGGCGUCAAGGUGACGUUCAGCCCCAAGCCGAUCCCCGGCGACUGGAACGGCGCUGGCCUGCACACCAACGUGUCGACAAAGGAGAUGCGCGAGGAGGGCGGCAUCAAGCACAUUGAGGCGGCGAUGGAGAAGCUGGCGGCGCGCCAGAAAGAGCACAUGGAGGUGUACGGCGAGGACAACCAGCUGCGGAUGACGGGCCGCCACGAGACGGCCUCGUACGACAAGUUCACGUGGGGCGUGGCCAACCGCGGCGCCUCGGUGCGCGUCAACCGCGCCGUCGCCGAGGAGGGCAAGGGCUACUUCGAGGACCGCCGCCCCGCCUCCAACGCCGACCCCUACCAAAUCACCGGCAUCAUCGUCGAGACGCUCUGCGGCAAGGUCGAGGGCGCCGACAUGACCAAGAAGGUCCGCGAGGCGGAUACCAUCAUCCAGGACACGGUCGUGCCCAUCACCAAGCCGUAAAAAGCUUUCUUCUGCAUCCUUCCCGCCAGCUAGCUGCACCUACACGUCGGCGUAGCGGGCUUUUUU